UUCUUCUUCAAUUUUGUUCACUUCUCCGGAGUAGUGGGAAUCCAAGCGCAGCUGAAGUAUAAUAACCUUUACUCCGUACCAGAAAUCCAUAUCUAGUUAUUUUGCGCAGUCGAUAGGACCCAAACCAUGACCAGAUUUCGUUCCAGAUCUCCCGUUCGAUUGAAGCUUUUUAUCUCCCUCUUCCUUUUCCUUGUUUUCCUGGUCUAUUUGCCGUCUCGUUGGCGCCGCUCAGCCGGGUCGCGUGCCACCGAAUCACAGAGCAUAUCUAUGCCCAAAAACUACUAUCAAGAGCACUCAAAGUUCUGGAAAGCAUUUCACCCAAUCCUCGUCGCGAACGAUCCAAAUUGCACAUCCCCGGAACAAUCGGAGAAGGCCAACUCCAUACGUUUCGAUCCAAAUAAUGCGGUGGAGCGUCCGGAUUUCAUCUCGAUGCCUCAGGCGGACAUCGAAAUGAUGAAGCUGAUGCAUAAUAGCUUUGUGAAUACGCUCAUUGACCGGCCUCUCCAUCCGUAUUACGUACCCGGCACGCGUGGCCUUGUAUCGACUGCGGGUGGUCCAUUUUUACCGAUCUUGACGAUAUCCUUGCGCAUGCUUCGGCAUUACGGUUCCAAAUUACCGAUGGAGGUAUUUCUUGCUUCUGAGGAAGAGUACGAGCCGUAUAUAUGCGAGCAAGUUUUUGCAGAAUUAAAUGCCAAAUGCUUGAUCCUUAACAGGAUCCUCAGGCAGGUCCCUGGACCCAUCGAUAUAAAACAAUACCAAUAUAAACCGUUUGCAAUGCUCUUCUCCUCAUUUGAAGAGAUGUUAUUCUUGGAUGCGGACGCGUUUCCUCUGCACGAUCCGAAGACUCUAUUUUCAUCGGAACCUUUCCGUUCGUUCAAAAUGGUUACCUGGCCCGAUUUUUGGGCGUCUAGUGCUUCGCCGCUAUAUUACAAGAUUGCGUCACAACCAAUUCCUUCAACGACAGUUAGAGCAUCGACAGAAUCCGGAGAACUCCUGAUUUCCAAGAAGACUCACCAGAAGACUCUUAUGCUUUCUACGUAUUACAAUUUUUACGGGCCGUCCCACUACUACCCCCUCUUCUCGCAGGGCGCAGCAGGAGAAGGAGAUAAAGAAACGUUCAUUGCCGCUGCUACGGCUGUGGAUGAACCAUUUUACCAAGUCAGUGAACCACUACGUGCGAUUGGGCAUAGGGCCGCCGAUGGUGGAAUGGAUGGCUCUGCCAUGGUCCAAUACGACCCCGUAGAGGACUACCGAUUAACUAAGAAGGGGAUAUUCCGUGUCGCAAACCCUUCCGCAGCUCGUUCACCGAAACCGUUUUUUAUUCACGCCAAUUUCCCAAAAUUCAAUCCUGCAACGAUUUUCGAAAAGCACGCUACUGAUCCUGUUCGGGAUCCCCAGGGCAAUUACAUACGUCAAUGGACGAUUCCAGAAGAUACCAUCGACGAAUUUGAAGAGGAUGUCGUGAAGCGGUUUUGGACCGAGAUCAAGUGGGUUGCGUGUGAGCUUGAAGAUAAAUUCGAAAGUUGGAAGGAUAAGAAAGGGAUCUGCGACGGUGUGAAACGAUACUGGGAUGAUGUGUUUGAAAAGAAGGGCUGAAAAUAGAAACCCGUUGGUUGAAUUGGAUUUCUACUAGAAGCUCCAGCUCCCGUUCGAACACCAAAGGCCGUUUGAGGACACUUAGCUUUUCGAAAGCUAUACGCGUACCGCGAGAUUUAUCCCUGUUUGGCGUCGUGAAACUCGGCAAGAAGCCUGGCCCCGGUCCUCAGCGAAUCGUCCAAACCUCCAGACGAUGACCCGGGAAUUACUCUACGACAACUUGAAACAAUACCCGAGCGUCAAGACAUACUUCGUAAAUUUGCCAAACGUCGAUGCAACUUGUGCGAUCGAUUGAGAAAUAAUGUCUGAAAAGCGAUCGCCGUUGAGGAAGAGUGGAGACUGCGUGUUCAUACCACGGUCACAUCCAGCGAAACAGUGCAGCGUGAGGCCCCGAUGUGGAUCAUUUCUGAAUACGUGAUACUCGGGCUGCUUGAUGAGGGCGUAUCCCUGUAUAGUAGGGAUACGCCAGAAUGGAAAUUACUCGGCUUUUCACGCACAAAGAAAAAACAAAACGAUGAAUACCUAGUUUACAUUGAAUUGAAGCUAAUGUACAGGAUAUAGAUCUAUCUCUAUCUUAAAGUAUCUCUUAAUCCUACAUAUCCUACAGUAUACAUAAA